ACGCAACAAGAAUCGCUUCAAUCGGAGCAAGAACGCGAAAGCUAUGAAGAUUCAAAGUUCAUGAGCUUGCGUUACAAUUGCGGCGGUUACUAAGUGAAGUUGUGGGGUGACUUUAUGUGGAGUUGGGACCUUUGGGGUUGGGGAAACUUGUCACUCUACUGUAACAGCUGCAAAAUUGGUUGGGAACAACCAAGCUAGGUUGGCAAGGGUGGCCAACUUGGAUGGAUUGGUUGGGAAGGGACAAAGGUCAAAGUUGAGGUUCCUAUAGGGAGGGAAUCUUUGUGCUUAUGGGGUUUCCUUGGUUGGGGACUCUCUUGGGACCUUCCCUCUCAUCCCUCUCUUCCUAUCCCAACCUUUCUUUUGCUCCUUCCAAUUCCUUGUGAGAUUCUUGAACUUUGAUUGAACUCUUGAGAUUGAGUUAAGUUCUCCUCCUACAGCUUACCCCCUAGUGCGUCGAAAGCCAUAGCGUCGCGAAUACUUCAUCAAUCAACAUGAUUCGAAUUGGGAACGGUAGCUGAGAUUAAGAGCUACAACAUAUUCGAGUUUUGCGACAUUCCAACGGCUAGUUUUUCGUCGACGUCGUUUCUUGUGAAGACGACUUUUCUGUCCAGAAUUUCGGAUUUAUAUUUUGAGUAAUUCUAGCUCCUAAGUUCACCUAGACUCCGUCCUUAAUCCUAACAACUGGUAUCAGAGCCAUAUUAAGGAUAUUGAGAGGAGUCUACUGAAGUGUGAAGACCCUUCUAGACCCACCAUGGCCUGUGGGUGUGCCUAAGUGGUGUUCUAAAGGUUGGAUGUGUCUUCCGCUAAGGGAAACUCUGCCGAAAUUUCGUGGACGCCGACACUUGUGAAAAUAUCGAGGGAGCUGAGUGUGGACAGCAAAGGGGAGCUGAAAUUCGUCAUUUCUCAAGGAGAAGAUGAAUGAGAGAGGAGGAGAUGCUAAUGGAAGAGGAGCUGUAGCUGAGAAGACAAGUGAGCCGCCGCCAUCAAAAGUUGAAGCUUUGGAUGGCUCCAACUAUGAGGAAUGGAGCGGGCGGAUGAGGAGUGCCUUCAAACGCUACAAGCUACUGAAGAUUUCUGUUGGGGAGGAGAAGAUGCCCGAGGAAGGCGAAGCACGCGAACGGUGGAUUGAGAAAAGCGCGGUGCUUUUCGACCUCAUUCUUCAAUCGGUCAACAAGGAGAUGUUCGAGCACAUCAAGGAUCUUGUGGAAGCGGAUGAUUCGGGUCCAAGGGCGUGGAAACUACUACGUGAUGUGGUUCAGCCCAACACUCUCCCGAUGGUGAUCGUGCUCGAGAAGGAACUUGCUGCCAUCUCCAUGCGACCGGGGGACGAUGUGAAGCCGGUCCUUGACAAGAUCAAGGACACCUAUGCAAGGAUGGCAGCAGCGGGCAGCAGUGUAUCUCAGCUGCAGCAGUGCACCAAGAUCAUCUCGGUGUUGGACAACUCUUGGGACAACCUCAUCCCCACCCUCAACUCUCAGCAAGAUCAAUUGACACCUGAGUGGCUAAGGCAGCAGAUUCUGCAGGAGGACUUCCGUAGACGCCAUGUGGGAGGCGGUGCUGCCACGAAGACUGCUGAGGGGUAUGGAGCUGCAGGGCGCGGCAAAGGAAGAGGGGGUUGGAGAGGCCGAGGCCGUGGGAGGAGCUUUGGCAGAGGUAGAGGCCGAGGUGACUAUAAUGAGGGGCAUGGAAGCUCCAGUGGCAGGGGGAGUACCAGAAUGGAGGGCACCUGCUGGUACUGCAAGAAGAUAGGGCAUCCUUGGUUCAAGUGCUUCAGUAGGCCGGAGGGAUGGGCACCUCCAGGCAUGAAGCCGCCCAGUGGUGAACGCGCACAAGGUGGCGCUGUGCAAGGCUCAGGUGCACAAGGUGAAGGUGCACAAGGUAAUGCCUAUCCUGGUUUGUUUCUUAUGGUUGAGGAUGUACAUGGGCAUGAGGGUGAUGUGGGAUCUGUCGGAAAGGUUGUGAUGCACCCUCUCACGCACUGGGUGAUUGAUUCGGGUUGCACCAGUCACAUGACUCCACGGGCAGAUUUGCUUGAUGAGGUAAAACCCCCUGGGAAGAUUAAGUAUGUGGCAGCAGCGUCAGGUGCUUUGCUCCCCGUGAUUGGUGUUGGAAAUGCCAAGGUUAAGGGAGCUAAUGGGGAGCUUGUGGGGCUUGGGAAUGUUCUGCUGGUUGAAGGCUUGUCUGCUAACCUUCUCUCUGUGCGACGACUGCAGAAGAGCAAGGCCGAAGUGACCUUUGGACCAACCAGUUGCCGUGCUAAGCUUGGGAAGAAGGUGCUGUGGAGUCUGGAAGAGGAGACCAGCUGCAUCAAGGACCUGUGGCAGCUGCCCAUCAUCCCAUGGAAUGGGAAGACUCCAACAGCAGCAACGGCAGCAGCGGCAAAGGCAACAGCAGGAAGAGAUGCAACUGCACCAACUGAUGGGGUCCUGGAAGCAGUCAAGAAAGUGCAGCAGCAGCAGACACAUGGCGAGGUGCUUGCUGGUGUGGAUGCGAGUGCGGCAUGGGCUAAGGCUUCAUCAAGGAAUGGAGAGGCCGAUUGGGAGACAUGGCAUGAGAGGCUGUGUCAUGUGAACUUCCCUAUGCUGCAGAAGUUGGUGAAGGAUGGGAGCCUGAAGGGCUUGGAGGUGAAAGGGGGAGUGAAGGAGAUUGGGAGCUGCCCUACAUGCUUGGAGACCAAGUUCUCCAAGUUCCCCUUCAACAGCACUACAGGACCAGCCAAGACCCCACUUGCACUUGUGCACAUGGAUGUGGUGGGGCCCACAAGAGCGCCUUCCCUCUCAGGCAGCCGCUAUUUCUUGACAAUUGUAGAUGACCACACUCGGGCAGUGUGGGUUUACCCUUUGAAGAGCAAGGGGGAGGUGGCAGCGGCUGUCCUUAAGGAGUGGAUGCCUAGAGCUCAGAGGGAAUGCGGACACAAGGUGAAGGUGAUCCGCAGUGACAAUGGUGGGGAGUUCAUUGGAGCUGAUUUUGAGGGGGAGUUGAAGAGGAAGGGGAUCCAACAUCAACUGACAGUGCCCUACAACCCGCAGCAGAAUGGCGUGGCUGAGAGGUUUAACAGGACCCUGCAGGAGGGGGCACGCACUCUCCUUGGGCGUGCAGGGCUGCCUGAUCCGUUUUGGGUGUCUGCACUGAGGCAGGUCGCCCUUGUGAAGAACAGGGUGCUGGCUACAGUUGGAGAUAAGGAGUGGAUCCUAUAUGUCAAGUGGUAUGGGAGUGCUCCAGCUGUGAACAUGCUGAGGGCAUUUGGGUGCAUGGUGGUGUUUCAUGUGCCUAAGGAGAAAAGGGGGAAGUUGGAGGCUUCUGGAAGAUGGGGUGUGCACUUGGGGAUUGCAAAGGAUCACAAGGGGUGGCUGCUAUGGGACUUGACCACCCAGAAGUUGACAGUGUCAAGGGAUGUGAAGUUUCUUGAGUCCCUGUACUACAAGGAAUGGAAGCAGCAGCAACAGAAGCUUCCAUCUACACCGCUCAUUGUGGAGGCAGAUGAGGUGCAGCAGCCUUCAAGACAGGUGGAGGUUGCAGUGUCAGAGGAGGAGAUGUCUGGAGUGACUGAGGAAGGGGGAGCAGCUGAAGUGGAGCAGCAGCAGCAGCAACAUGAGUCUCCACCUCGAGUUCCACACCCGCCUGAGCGACCUAGGAGGGAUGUGCGCCCUCCAGUGAGGCUGACCUAUGGGGGAAGAGGCAAGCCAAAUGUGGUGCAGGCUGGGAGUGUGGUUGAGCAGAUUGAGGAAGAUGAGAUUGCAUUAUGCUAUUGGGCUGCAAUUCCUCAGCCCAAGGUACUGACGCUAGCUUCAACUCAGUGAAAGCGGAUGGCACCAGCAUUGGGGGUUAUGUGUGCUUGCUAGGAGGUGGUGCUGUGAGCUGGCGCAGCAAGAAGCAGAAUGAGGUGGGAUUGUCCUCAUGUGAGACUGAGUACAUGGCCUUACACCAUGGGGCCAAGGAAGUAGUGUGGCUAAGGCGUUUGUUGGAGGAGUUGGGAGUUGCCAGAGGGGGAGAUUGUUGUGUGAUGUCAUCAUAUGCUAUCACAUUCUGUCUGCCUCCCAUCCCAUGUUUUUUUAACUUGCAUGUGUGGUUUGAAUGUGCAAGAAUUUGUGUGUGGUGUGUUCUGGAGUUUGGGAAUGUGUUUUGUGCUAUUUUUGUUUGAGCAGGUAUUUGUGAUAAUAGAUCUUGAGAAGAUCUUUCCGACGCAACAAGAAUCGCUUCAAUCGGAGCAAGAACGCGAAAGCUAUGAAGAUUCAAAGUUCAUGAGCUUGCGUUACAAUUGCGGCGGUUACUAAGUGAAGUUGUGGGGUGACUUUAUGUGGAGUUGGGACCUUUGGGGUUGGGGAAACUUGUCACUCUACUGUAACAGCUGCAAAAUUGGUUGGGAACAACCAAGCUAGGUUGGCAAGGGUGGCCAACUUGGAUGGAUUGGUUGGGAAGGGACAAAGGUCAAAGUUGAGGUUCCUAUAGGGAGGGAAUCUUUGUGCUUAUGGGGUUUCCUUGGUUGGGGACUCUCUUGGGACCUUCCCUCUCAUCCCUCUCUUCCUAUCCCAACCUUUCUUUUGCUCCUUCCAAUUCCUUGUGAGAUUCUUGAACUUUGAUUGAACUCUUGAGAUUGAGUUAAGUUCUCCUCCUACAGCUUACCCCCUAGUGCGUCGAAAGCCAUAGCGUCGCGAAUACUUCAUCAAUCAACACGAUUCAAAUUGGGAACGGUAGCUGAGAUUAAGAGCUACAACAUAUUCGAGUUUUGCGACAUUCCAACGGCUAGUUUUUCGUCGACGUCGUUUCUUGUGAAGACGACUUUUCUGUCCAGAAUUUCGGAUUUAUAUUUUGAGUAAUUCUAGCUCCUAAGUUCACCUAGACUCCGUCCUUAAUCCUAACAGUACUGCCUCUCCUCUAAGAUGUCACUGCCAAGGGCAGGUGCACCCGCGACGGACGGAGGACCGGCAGGGUUCGAGACCAGAGCAGUGGCUUAGUCAAGGGGGCGUGUAGAGGCAAAGUCAGUAACGACAGCGACAAGUGCCGAGAGACUGGAGACAUGAAUGGACGGGUCGGUAACAAGAGAGGCUAGUGCACGAGGAAUAAGAGGAAGUCAGAGAGAGGAGGCGAGGAGAUAGAGAGGGACGAUUGAGGAUGCGACGAAAGAACACGAGCUGGAGGAGCAUGAGACACGUGAGAAUAGAGAGACCUAGGGUGAACACUCGGAGCGGGAGAGACGGGACGAACACGAGAGGGACGUAGGGGCUGUCUUCUCACUCCAAGGCCCCCACACCAGGGCCUCCAGCCGCACCUCGGCUACCUCCAGUACUUGACAUGAUAACACCCCCAAGACCAGCACCCCCAGAACUAGUACCCCCAGAACUAGAACCCUCCUCAGAUUCAGUACCCCCAGCGCCAACACCCCUAGAGCCCUUUGAUACGUGCUGCUGCGGGGGCUGCUGCUGCUGCUGCACCAGCGGCGACUGCUGCUGCUGCUGAAGGGUGAGGUGAGUGGCAAGAUCAGCAACAGUGGGGAAUGAUGAGAGGUCAAGGAAGAGUAGGGGCAGGAGGAGACAACCAGUAGAGGCAGAGAAGGGAGUGGAAUAGCGAGCAUCUAGAUACUCCUUCACCAUCUCUAGGGCCUGAAAGCGGGGACGCUCGGACAGUGGGAGGCCGUAACUGAUAGCUAGCUGCGCAGUGGCUCACGUGACUCCCACACAGAGCGGGCAAGCUCAGCAGUUGUAAAAGCCUCCCAUUCAGUAGGCGAGGGGGCGUCAGCAAGGGCAGCAGGCGCGUGGGGAUAGGGCAGCUAACCGUCGACAUGGAAGGCCAAAGAGUAGCCAUCAUAGCGCUGGCCCUUCAGCUAGCAGCGCAGGUCAGCGAGCCAUGCCUCGAAAUCCACCGCAC